AUGAAGGCCAAGAAAAAGCACCAUAAGACUCGCAAUGAAGUCGCAGACGUGACCAUGUUGGAUGUCUCAACGUCAAUAGCUAAACCCCGAGUCAAACGCUCAACGAAAAGUCCGUUCAAAGCUUCAAAGUUGCAACCAAAUGCUGCUGAUAAAGUGGCGAAAUUUAAAGAAGAAAAAAACCUAAAAAUUGAGACAAAAGAUCUCGGACAGGACGUGGCAGAGCCGGACGCCGAGAAAGCAGUGCCAUUAUCUAGUACCAACAAAAAGAGACGUCGACGUUCAGCAGCAGAGAUUGACCGCAAACAUAAAUGUCCAUAUACAGGAUGUCUGAAGGCUUACGGAUCGGAAGGUUCGUUGAUACAUCAUCAAAAAUUAAAACAUCCAGAGAGGAUGGACCUAAACGAGAAAAACAAUCAGCAGGUUAGUACAUUCUUGCUGCCUUUGCACAAUGCAACUCGAAAUGUGAUGAUUCGACCAGCAAUGCCUUUAAUGGUGUAUACUAAUGAUCGGAGACUUUUGCUGAACAACCAAAGCACCAAUGACAAUAAUGUUCUCGCACAUUAUUGUCCUCUUCCAGCUAAAGCACCACGACGCAAUAUGCGCUCACGUUCAAAUUCAGAGCCAGUCACGUUUAUCAAAGAACAGACGAAUCCAAAGGUCUGCAUUCCAACUACUACGCUCAUGACAAAACCGCGACCUAAAUCCCCACACAACCCACGUCAAAAUAUUGCUCCACAUGCUGAAACGACAGCAACUGCCGCUAGACGCUCGAAGUUUCGUUCCAAAUCGGAGUCUCUACCAGAAAUGAACCUAUUACAACCAUUCGAAGAGCUCAAACUUCCAUCAUAUUAUCGCAGUAAUAGCUCAGCAAGUGCUCACGAGCCGGUCUUGCCAGUAAGCAGCACCGGUUCCGUUGAGCACGGGUCAUUUGAGUGGCCAGCAACGUUGAUUUCAGCUUCGUUACACCACUCGACGUCGCUGUCAAGUGAUGAACAGGCAAUUGACAGUGACAUUUUAUCUGUGCUGGCAAACUGUGAUGCAGAAGAUACUGGUGCUUCAUCGGUAUUAAGUUUCGAGGGCGGCCCACCCUCAGCCAAUUCGUAUCAGUCCAGCACGAGUUACGGGGACAUUGAAGACACAGGCAUGCUUCCGGUGGGGAUGGAAUGUUUUAAAAUUGCUGAAAAUGCAACUUUACCGGCACAAGUUUCUCAAGGGUUAGUCAUGAAUGAACCGGAGGCUGAACUAGGCAUAAAAGCCUUUGCUACUCUGGGCGAUGACUGGGCUAAUGCUAUGCUGCUGUCCGAUCAUUUGGAGAAAAUGUCGGUGGCACAGGGAGACACGCCGCCUCACAGCAUGAUAUCGACGUUCGGCAAAGUGAUGCCAAGCGAAGGGACUGUGCGCAGACUGUGUUCUGCGUCAGAUCCUGUCCAUGCUGCAGAUUCGAUACCUUCUAAGAUGAGUCGCUUUUCGUCGGUGUCGACGGAUAAAUGCUCGGCUAAGACAACUGCUCAAUCAAGUGGAGAUAACGAGUUGAGUUGUCAGAAUAUUACCAGCUUUCAGCAGCAGUUUGGGAUUUCAUGUACAUCGGAAGUGGCCAAGAAGGAGAACGAUGGCACCCAGCAGAUGUUCUGGCUGUCAGGUGAAGCUGACAUUGCAACAUCUGACGUACUAAGCAAUUCGCAGCCAUCGUCAGAAGUGCUCGACCAAUUGCUCCAGCAUGAUGACACAUUAGAAUGGAAACCUACUGACGUAUUCGUGGAUGAUGAAGUCGACUAUGCAUUGAUUGACACUGGAAUGACACCAGCGCUGCUCUGA